AUGGCAUCAGUAAGAUUAGAUCAAUUUCUUGAGCCAUUGUCCAGUAGUGGUAAUGAUUCGCGCAUUAUUCUGAAUGUUGGCGGUACAAGAUUUGAAACUCAGAGAACAACAUUAAAAAAAUUACCGGCUACACGUCUAUCAAAAUUAACUGCGCAAUUAUCACAUUAUGAUCCGAUAUUAAAUGAAUACUUUUUUGAUCGACAUCCCGGUGUCUUUUCGCAAAUACUCAAUUAUUAUCGAACUGGUCGACUGCAUUAUCCAACCAAUGUUUGUGGACCUUUAUUUGAGGAUGAACUUAAUUAUUGGGGUAUACAACGUGAAGAAGUUGAACCGUGUCGCUGGAUGACUUAUACGACACAUCGAUCAAUACAAGAAACAUUACAAGUAUUAGAUUCAUUAGAUUUAGAUACAGUUCGAUCAACACAUGAGGAUACUAUUAAAAAAUAUGACUGGGAAAAUGAUCCGUGUGUAAUUAGUACCGAUCAAUUACCUGUACGCAAACGUUUAAUAAGUAUUAUAUGGCAAUUAUUUGAAGAACCACGAUCAUCAAUAAUGGCUAAAAUGAUUGCAGUGAUUUCCAUAUUUUUUAUAAUUCUUUCAAUUGCUUUAUUUGUUCUUCGUACAUUACCAGCAUUUGAAAUAGCAAAAUAUGAUGUUAUAACUGUCUACACAAACAAUAAUUUAACUGAAAGAAUAAUUGUACAUAAUUCACAACAACAUGAAAUUAUUUCUGGUUUUGAUAAUCUUGAAUGGAUUUGUAAUUCUUGGUUUGUAUUUGAAAUUACAUUAAGAUUUUUAGUUGCACCAUCAAAACGAGCCUUUUGCACAUCAAUAGUUAAUUGGAUCGAUUUUCUCGGCACGUUUUUUUUUUUUUUUACUUAUAUGAUAGAUGAUUUUUUUCGAUUUGAUGGUUACAAUGCUGCAUUAGAUUUUUUAUCAACAAUACGUGUAGCACGUAUGUUUAAAUUAUGUAAUCUUCAUCUCGGUUUAAAAGUUAUUGUUACAUCAAUGCCUUAUUCAUCUAGUGUACUAAGUUUAUUAAUAUUUUUCUUUUUUCUUGCUAUAACGAUAGCCGGCUCGAUAAUGUAUUAUGUUGAACGUUUAAGUCAUUCACCAGAUAAUCAAAUAAUGUCGAUCGUUGAAGGUAUAUGGCUUACAAUAAGCACAAUAAGUACACUUGUUUUUGGUGAUAUAGUACCAAAACCAUUGCCGGGAAUGAUAUUUGGCGCCAUAAUAACAAUAGUUGGUGUAUUAGUAAUUGAUUUACCAAUGCCAAUUAUUGUUGAAACAUUUGAUAAUUUUAAUUCACAUUUACAAGCUACACAACAGCUGCGUAAAUUAAGACGACGAAUAACACCAGCCGCUAUACCAAGAAAAGUAAUACCAUUGAUGCCAACGAGUGAGCAUGAAUUUGGAUAUCAACAUCGCUCUUUGAUUAUGAGAUAA